UAUUUGUCUCUUCUCUUUCGUUUCUUCUUUCUCUUACCUUUCUCUCUCUCUCUCUCUCUCUACAUUUUACAGUCUACUCCUGCGCAAUCUUAAUUUCUGCUCUUUAAAAACCUAAUCUCAAUCGAACCACCAAUAAUUCCGGAAACCCUAGCUUUUUCCGGAAAUCCUCAUUCUCCUGCUGCUCAAUUCUGCUUGUUAUUCGAAAACCUAUUUUUCAUGUCAAAGUCUCAGUGUUGCUGUGCAAUUUUUCUAUCAUCUGCAGUAUAUCGAUCAUCAUAGGCCCAAUUUUCAGAAACUAUACUCGCUUCAAAAGGAGUUUAUUCAUCGAAGCUCUGAACCUCAACCUUGAACCGUAAGCUUUGUUAUUCUCGAUCUUGAGAUUCCAUCGGAACGUUAAUCUGUAACUGGAAUCUUAGUUUUUGGAAUAGGAACCGAGUUCCUCUUCAAACCCUAAAUUUCCUAUUUUAUGUUCCCUCAAUCCUUGCAUUCUUUGAGCUUCAAACCCUAAUCCUGCACAUACAUUUUGUCUAGCUCUUUUGUCCGUCGGAACCUCAGAAGAUCACUGAUUGUUUGGAAACCGUAAUCUUGAGCAAGAGCCCUAAUUUUUUAGUGUAGGACCUGAAUUUCACUGGAAACUAUAGUCAUCUCAUGCUAUGUUCACUCCAUCUAUUGCCAUGGAUUCUCAUCAUGAAGCUCAGGACCUCUCGUCACUCCUCCUCCGUUCAUGUUCACCUCCUCAGAUACUCGCUUCAAUCUCAGCAAUUGAAAGUUUCCUCUCAAAGUACUCCACGGACCAGUCUCGGACCUUCUAUGCCCAAGUUUUCCCUACUCUCCUUUGCAAGCUCUUUGGGUUCCAUGACACUUCACCAUGGAUCUCUCAGUUCACUAAUGAAGAGCCCCUUUGUACUAAAAUAUUUGAUCUUCUUUCUCCUUCUGGUCGGUUAAUCUCGUCCAUCCAUUCUAUUGAUAGACACUCUCUUAUCAAGUAUGUUUUCCCCACUGAACGCUUGCCUGAGUGGAUACGUUUCUUGUUGAAUUCUGACAUAAAUUUGUUCGAUUCACUUCCACUUUUGAAGAAUCGGGUUCAAAAAGAAAGCAUCAAAGGGGUUUACCAGGUUCAAUUGAAUGUUUUCGAGUAUUAUAUUUUUUGGUUUGCUUAUUACCCUGUAUGCAAAGCAAAGGGGGAUGAUAGGGAUAACAAAGUUGUGAACAGGAAGGUGAUUAGGGCUAGGCUUGAGAGGUGGGCUUCUUCUUUGCCUGUUUUUCAUAGUAACCGGAGAUCAGGGCAGAAGGCAAUGAAUUCUGACCUAUAUUCUCGACUUCUUUGCUCGUAUCUGCAAGCUUUUGUGCCAAAUUACGGUUCUACAAUUAUGCACCCAGGUCGAACCUCCUCUCUCUUGCAUUAUUCCUCAAAGGAAGAUGCCCAAGUUAGUCAAAGAGCCGAUUUUUUUGUUCACACGCUGAUACAUUAUUGGCUUGUCGACAAUGACUUUUCUCCUUUAUCUGUAAAGUUUUGCCGGUCAUUUUGGGUUUCAUUACCAUUUCGAAAUGCUCUUUUGGAGUCUCCUCCUUGUGCUGGACUGGGAGAGGUGGUUAAAGUACUGGUAAUGUAUUUGAAUUCUAGCUUAUGGAUAUGUAAAGAAGAGAUGGGUUGUUUGGAAUAUGCUCAGAGCUCUAGAUUGGAGGAUUCUAGCUCAUUUGGUUUGCUGGUUCAAAGGCCCUUGUAUAGAAUGAUAUUAAGGGCAUUUCAGUUUUGUCCAAUAGGGACUAAUAUGAAGAAGGCUGCUGAAGGUUUUGAGCUGUGGGUUUGCUACUUGGAACCAUGGAAGAAUCAUAGUUGGGAUAAAUCUGACGUUUCAGAUGUUGGAGAGAAGAGUAAGGGAAGGGCUGAUUCUAGUGGUGCAUAUACGAGUUGGUGGCAGGGGUAUGUGGUGUCAAAUUAUCCUUUUUAUAGCUCCAUGGUUGUGCAUUUUCUUGGGUUUGCUCAUAAGUUUCUUCAUGUUAAUCCAGAGGCAGUGAUAAUGAUGACAAUGAAGGUGCUAAAUAUAUUGACAUCAUCGAAGGAGCUGUUGGAUCUCGUAAUGAGAGUUGAUGCUGCAUAUCAUUCCAAGCCAUGUUCAUUAUCUUCACCUUUUAUGGACAGUUUGUACAAAAAUGUUCCAUCUAUUCGCGAAAAAUUGCAGGACUGGGAGGAUGGUUUAUCUAGCACAGACAACAAUGUAGAAGGAUCCUACUUAUUAGACAACGGGAGUCGAGAUUUAAAACUUUUCAGUACCGACGAAGAUGGUGUACAUCGAAUGCUUGAGCUCUUGAUUUUGCGGGCUGAAGCUGAGAUCCAAAGUGGCUCUGGUGAGAAGCUGGCGUGCACUCUCCAAAUGUUUGACUCUCUAAAGGCCCAGGCCCGAGUUCUAUUUGGGGCUAAUGUAAGGGUGGAGCCUGGAAGGCCUGUGAGCCCGGCCCCUCAAGGUCACCUUGUGAGUCCUUCCGGCCAUGCCCAUAUUGCGGGGCCAGCCUGUCAGGGCCACCACCACCGUGAGGAAGUAUUCACGCCCAAGAGACCAGGCAUUGAGGAGCGUGGAUUCUCGGCCAUUAGAUACAAGGGGGACUGGAUGAAGAGGCCCAUCACUCAAGGGGAGGUAGCAUGGCUUGCUAGGCUUCUUGUGAGGCUCUCAGACUAUUUGAAUGAGGUUCUUGGGCUGGAUAGGUCGGGCCAGGUUUGCAAUGAUGCUGCACGUCCUCUUGUACGCAUUGACACAGUUGCCACCUCGAAUGGGCUUUCAGAGGUCGGUCUCAAGGAGGCUUUUUGGAUGGUGCUCUCGUGGUUUGUUUUAUUAGCGCAGACCCCUCAGAAGUUUCUGAGGGGCCAUGGUCAGAGAAUCAACCUCAGGAUCUUAGCUUCAAAGAAGAUAGUUAUUCUCCUGCUGGUUUUCUGCAUUCUAAGUGCUUUGAAGAAGGGCUUGGGUUUAUAUUCGCAGGUCCCCACAUUCUUAGCUUUCUUGGUCUGGUGAGAGAGGAGCAGCCUGCAAAUUUUGAAGGAGCAAGUUUCUAAGUGCUCUUUUUCUAUUGGUUUUCUUACCUUUUUUGUCCUCUUCACUUGAGAGUAUUCAUACACAAAUGGUGCACAUGUGUGUGGAGCACCACAGGCAUCGACAUCUGUUUUGUUGGGUGGCUGUGAUUGAUAUUAUCGGUGUUGGGGUUCAUCGUUGAUCAUCGGGAACAGUCGGUAAAUGCCUAUUGUGUGUAUCGUGUUCUGGUACACCAUGGGCAUCUAUGUCUGUUAUGAUGUAUGGCUUAGAUUGACAUGGCCAAGAUUGGGGCUAAUCUCCACCAUUGAUCAUCCGAAACAGUCAGUGAAUCCCUAUAGUGUGUAUCGUGUCUCGUGCAUCAGUGGCAUUUGUAGUUUUCCAGUUUCAUUUGUUCAUUUGGUGGGAGAACAGAGGAGGGGUUUUACGAGUGAGAAACGGGUAAUGUUCUUUUUGUACAUAUGAUAUGGGGAAGGUGCAAGUGCUGGUUCUCUUUUUGUGAGUAAUUUGUUGGAUUCUUUUGCAAUUGUAUGUACUCUUUGAUACGAGGGAUUCUGUAUUA